GGGCUCUCUGCAGACCCAGGUCCUACCCUGCCUGUGCCCCGACUGUGCUGCUCCAGUGACAAAGCGAAGAUUGGAAGGUUAACCAGGCCUAGAGAGAAGUGCUGCAUGGUCCCACUACCCUGUUGGUGUAUGACCUGUUGUGUGCAGAAAACAAGUUGCCAGUAUCCCACCGCUCACUCCUAAAUUCCCAUUCUCCAUCGCACAUCCUCCUCUCCCCGACUGUCUCUUUUUUUCUCUCAUCAUUCCAUACUUUUAUUCUCCACAUCGCCCAGCUCGUUCCAUGACUUCUGGCUUAUCACCAUGGCGUACAAAUCACGCUUUUCAUUCUGGGAGCACAAGGUUAAAGUUGAGAACAAGCCAGAUUCUGAUGUAGAUAGUAGUCAGCCUCAGGCAGUCGCAAAACCUGAGCUAGACGCAGGAAGUGGUCCACAGUCGACUGCAUCAACAGCUGAAGAACCCAGUUGUAACGUUGACAUGGGUGGUCCGGACUCCCCGAAGGAGCAGCCGAGCUCUAGCGGUAAAAAGGUGAUAAGGGUUGUGAGAAGGGUUGUUAGACGUGUGGUUCCUCCUGGGACGGAACAGCAGAACCAGCCUGCUGUUUCUGAGGCUGCUAAGACUACCUCUGCUGCAGACUCUGUGCUCAAAACCACGAGACCUGGUGGGCAGGACAAGGAUGAUAUAUCCAUGGGUCUGACCAGCCUAAUGGGAAGAAGUAGAACCAAGGAACACCGGCCUCGCACCCGAACCCAGGACCGCAAAGAGGACACGAAAGAAGAGGUGAUGCAGGAGGAGGAGAAAGAAAAGGUGGAGGAAGAAAAACCUACUGUGGAAAAAACAGAGGAGGCCACACCCACAUCUGUGCCCGCUACUACGGCGCGGAACCCCGCACCACCAAUGUCUAACCCCCUCAGCCCUCCGCCUGGGUUCAUCCCCGCCCCCAAACCCGACCCUUUGGCCCCGCCUGCUGGUUUCAUCCCUGCCCCCAAACAGAAUCUGAUGACGCCUCCACCUGGUUUCAUUCCUGCCAAAAAAUCCAGCCCAGUGCCCCCAAAGCAGAGUCCCCUAGCAAGACCUCCAGGAUUCAUCCCGGUCACAAAGACAGACCCCCUGGCUCCUCCUGCAGGGUUUAUCCCAAAGCCACGUGCAGUUGCUGUAAAGAAACCGGAGGUAAAGGAGACAUCUUGUCCUCCUGUGGCCCCCAAUGGUAGGCCGUCCCCUGUUGCACAACCCCAGGCUCAGUCUGCGCCGAAUAAACAGGUCCCAGAGCUGAUUCCCACUGAGGACGAUUACAAACGCGUGAGGAGGAUCUUCACUGUUGAUGGCAAAGAUUGUGCCAGAGGCCGCAAAUCCUCACAGUUGAAGCCUGUCGAGGACCCCGUGGCCAUCCUUCAGGCAUCACAUUCGGCUGCAGCUAAGGGAAAGACUGAGGAGCAGAUAACGGCAGAGAAAGCCUGGUAUAACACAGAUAAAGUAUGGCUGGUCCACAAGGAUGGAUUUUCCUUGGCAACCCUCCUGAAGACAGAGGCAGGCAGUCUGCCAGAGGGGAAGGUGAAAAUCCGCCUGGAGAGUGAUGGCUCUUUAUUGGAUGUGGAUGAAGAUGAUGUAGAGAAGGCAAACCCUCCAAUGUUUGACCGAGUGGAGGACCUGGCCUCUCUGCAGUAUUUGAAUGAGUCGAGCGUGAUGCACUCCCUGAGGCAGCGGUAUGGCGGUAACCUGGUGCACACCCACGCUGGGCCCAACAUGGUGGUCAUUAACCCCAUUAGCGCCCCCUCGAUGUACUCCGAGAAGGUGAUGCAGAUGUUCAAGGGUUGCAGAAGGGAGGACACUGCCCCUCACAUUUACAGCAUGGCCCAGGCUGCCUAUAGGAACCUCCUGACCACUCGCCAGGAUCAGUCCAUUGUGUUGCUGGGCAAGAGUGGCAGUGGGAAGACCACCAACUGUCAACACAUCAUCCAAUACCUGCUCACGAUUGCUGGCAGCACCAACAAAACAUUCUCCGCAGAGAAAUGGCAGGCGGUCUACACAGUUUUGGAGGCAUUUGGGAAUGCCUCUAGCUGUUUGAAUGGGAAUGCUAGUCGCUUCUCCCAUAUUGUCUCUUUGGACUUUGACCAGGCAGGCCUGGUGACCUCAGCCUCUAUCCAGACUAUGCUUCUGGAGAAGAUGAGGCUGACAAGAAGACCGGAGGGAGAGUCCACCUUUAAUGUCUUUUACUACCUGAUGGCUGGAGUAGACAGCUCUCUUAGGACUGAGCUGCACCUAAACCACUUUGCUGAAAACAAUUCAUUCAGAAUUAUGCCUCAGAAUAAGACUGAGGAUAAGCAGCGGGCCUCACAGCAGUUUUCCAAGCUGCAGGCAGCCAUGAAGGUUCUGGGGAUCAGCGGUGAUGAGCAGAGGGCCUUUUGGCUCAUCCUUGGGGCCAUCUACCAUCUUGGGGCUGCAGGAGCUACUAAGGCUGGCAGGAAACAAUUUGCACGUCACGAGUGGGCCCAGAAGGCAGCCUACCUGCUGGGCUGCACCCUGGAGGAACUCUCCUCCUCCAUCUUCAAGCACCAGGCCAAGGGCACCCUGCCCAGAGCCAGCUCCGUCCGCCAGGCUGCUGACGAAAAUGGCACAGCAGAUGCAGGAUCCAAAGCUACGGCUAUGGAGUGUUUAGAGGCCAUGGCAUCUGGGCUUUACUCUGAACUCUUCACUAUCCUCAUUUCUUUAAUAAACCGGGCCUUGAAAUCCAGCCAGAAUUCCCUGUGCUCGCUGCUCAUAGUGGACACCCCAGGCUUUCAAAACCCUAGGCUGUCUAAGCGCGAGGGCAGCGCAACCUUUGAGGACCUGUGCCACAACUACACCCAAGAACGUCUCCAUGCUCUCUUCUAUCAGCGCACCUUCGUUCAAGAGUUGGACAGAUACAAAGAGGAGAACAUAGAGCUUGCUUUAGAUGACACAGAGUGCAGCACAUCUCUGUCUGUAGCAGUGGUAGACCAAGCCUCCAGCCAAGCUCUGGUACGGACAGUGCGAACAGAUGAGGCACGGGGCCUGUUGUGGCUGAUGGAGGAGGAGGCGCUGCAGCCUGGGGGAUCAGAGGAAACCCUGUUGGGACGUCUCUUUAGCUACUAUGGACCUGCUGAAGGCCAGAGUAAAGGUCACACUUUCCUCUUGAAGAGCGAAAAGGAUAAUCAUUUCCUGCUGGGCCACAGUCACGGGACUGACUGGGUGGAGUACGACGCCUGCGGGUGGCUCAACUACGCCAAGCAGAAUCCUGCCUCCACCAACGCUACAAGCCUCCUGCAGGACUCCCAGAAGAAGAUCAUCAGCUCAUUAUUCAUGAGCCGAGCGGCUGGAGCCACUGUUUUGUCCGGUUCCAUUGCAGGCCUUGAAGGUGUUUCCCAGCUGUCCUUGCGACGGGCCACUAGCAUGAGGAAGACCUUCACCACAGGGGUGGCUGCUAUCAAAAAGAAGUCCUUGUGCAUCCAGAUAAAGCUUCAAGUGGAUGCUCUCCUUGAUAUGGUGCGGAGGUCCAGGAUUCACUUUGUUCACUGCAUAUUGCCCAAGGCAGAUGCCCUCAAGGCUCUGAGUGGAUCCCUGUUCAAAGGAGGGGAAUGUGAGGCUCAAGGGGAGACUGGAGAUCCUGGCUUAAUGCAACUGGAUGUGGCCUUGCUCCGUGCUCAGCUGCGUGGCUCCAAGCUGCUCGAUUCUCUUCGGAUCUACAGGCAAGGUUACCCCGAUCACUUGGUCUUCUCUGAGUUCCGACGACGCUUUGAUGUGCUGGCACCGCACCUGACCAAGAAGCAUGGGAGGAAUUACAUUGUGAAGGACGAGAAGAGAGCCGUGGAGGAGCUACUGGAGUCCUUGGAUUUGGAGAAGAGCAGCUACCACAUGGGUCUGAGUAGGUUAUUCUUCAGAGCUGGCACCUUGGCCAAGCUGGAGGAACAGAGGGAUGAGCAGACCAAGCGUAAUCUAACCUUGUUCCAAGCUGCCUGUAGAGGCUACCUGGCACGGCAAGCCUUCAAGAAGAGAAAGAUUCAGGAUCUAGCAAUCCGCUGCAUCCAGAAAAACAUCAACAAGAACCGUGGGGUGAAGGACUGGCCAUGGUGGAAGCUCUUCACCACAGUCCAGCCCCUCAUUAAGGUCCAGCUCACUGAGGAGCAGAUGCGAGGCAAAGAUGAGGAGAUACAGCAGCAGAAAUCGAAACUGGAGAGAGUGGAGAAAGAGCGAAAUGAGCUGAGACUGAACACGGAUCGAUUGGAGAGCAGGAUCACAGACUUGUUGGCAGAACUGGCUGAUGAGAGAAGCACUAGUGAGUCAGCGUCCCAGUUGCUGGAGACUGAGACAUCAGAGAGACUGCGCCUGGAGAAGGACAUGAAAGAGCUACAGGCCAAGUUUGAUGCCAUGAAGAAACAGUUAGAAUCACAGGAGAUGGAGGUGAUGGAAGCUCGGCUCAUGAAAACAUCAGAACUCAACGGGGAGAUGGACGACGAUGAUGAUGAUGAUGCUGGAGGUGAGUGGCGAAUAAAAUACAACCGAGCCAUUCGUGAAAUGGACUUCACCAAAAAGAAACUCCAGCAGGAGUUUGAUGACAAGCUGGACACGGAGCAGCAGGGCAAAAGGCAUCUUGAGAGAAGGCUGGCUGAUCUGCAGACAGAUAAUGAGGAUGUGCAGCGCUCUGUGCAGCAGCUGAAGAAGAAGUGCCAGAAACUGACGGCCGAGCUGCAGGACACCAAGCUUCACCUGGAGGGCCUACAGAGCCGCAACCAUGAUCUGGAGAAGAAACAGAGGAAAUUUGACCUGGAGCAAAACCAGGCUCAGGCUGAGGUACAAAGAGAAAGGACCCUAAAGGAAAAGCUGGCUCGAGAGAAAGACUUAAUGACUGGUGAGAUGUUUAACCUCCGCCAGCAGCUGCAGGACAAGGACAUUGAAUUGUGUGCGGCAAAUGUGAAGGUGCAGCAGCUGGAGGCAGAGCUACAGGAUUUGUCCUCCCAGGAGUCUAAGGAUGAAGCAUCGCUGUCCAAGGUCAAGAAGCAACUUCGUGACCUGGAAGCCAAGGUGAAAGACCAAGAGGAGGAGCUGGAUGAACAGGCUGGAACCAUCCAGAUGCUGGAGCAGGCUAAGCUGCGGCUUGAGAUGGAGAUGGAGAAGCAGCGGCAGACCCACUCUAAAGAGAUUGAGAGUAAGGAUGAAGAGGUAGAGGAGAUUAGGCGGUCCUGCAGUAAGAAGCUGAAACAGAUGGAGGUACAGCUGGAGGAGGAGUAUGAAGACAAGCAGAAAGUGCUGCGUGAGAGAAGAGAGCUGGAGUCCAAACUGCUCAACACCCAGGACCAGGUGAGCCAGAGGGAUGUGGAGACAGAGAAGAGGCUGAAGAAAGACCUGAAGAGAACCAAAGUCCUUCUGGCUGAUGCACAGAUUAUGCUGGACCACCUGAAGAGUAACGCCCCCAGCAAGAGGGAGAUCGCCCAGCUCAAAAAUCAACUGGAGGAGUCAGAGUUCACUUGCGCAGCGGCGGUGAAGGCUCGAAAGAGCAUGGAGAUUGAAAUAGAGGACUUGCAUAUCCAAAUGGAGGACGUGGUCAAAGUUAAGAUAUCGUUGGAAGAGCAGGUCAGCCGUCUGCAGAGAGAGAAGAAUGACCUGCAGUCUCGUAUGGAGGAGGAUCAGGAGGACAUGAAUGAGUUGAUGAAGAAACACAAAGCUGCAGUUGCCCAGUCUGCCAGGGACUUGGGCCAGAUCAGUGACCUACAGGCCCAGCUGGAAGAGGCCACAAAGGAGAAGCAGGAGAUCCAAGAAAAGCUUCAUUCGCUGCAGAGCCAGCUAGAGUUCCAAGAACAGUCCAUGGUGGAAAAGUCUCUUGUGUGCCGCCAGGAGGCCAAGAUCCGUGAGCUGGAGACCAAGCUGGAGUAUGAGAGGACACAGAUCAAACGCUUGGAGAGCCUCGUAGGUCGUCUGAAGGAGAACCUGGAAAAGAUGACAGAGGAGAGAAACCAACGCAUUGCUGCAGAAAACAGGGAGAAGGACCAGAAUAAGCGAAUGCAGAGGCAGAUAAGGGACAUGAAAGAAGAAAUGGGAGAGCUGUCCAAGAAGGAGGCCGAGGCCAGCCGCAAGAAGCACGAAUUGGAAAUGGACAUUGAGAGCUUAGAGGCGGCAAAUCAGAGCUUACAAGUGGACCUUAAGCUGGCCUUCAAGAGGAUAGGUGACCUGCAGGCUGCCAUAGAGGACGAGAUGGAGAGUGAUGACAAUGAUGACUUAAUCAACAGUUUGCAAGAUACGGUGACAAAAUAUAAGAAAAGAAAGAACAAAACUGGGGAUGAGACAGAAACAGAUUCAGAGGUGGAGGACCGUGUGGAUGGAGUAAAGUCCUGGCUCUCAAAGAACAAAGGCUCCACCAAGACCCUGUUGGAUGAGGGAAGUCUGAAGAGCACCAGCCCUCCUGUGUGCCGUAGACACCUGGGUCUUGGCAGAUCUGAUGAAGAGGACGAGGUGGACAGAGACUCCAGCAGGCAGUUGCUGAGGCAGAGCGACAGCGAAGGCACAUUGGCAGACAGCGCCUCGUAACCCAAAAUCUGGUCACAUCGUGCUUCCAGUGACUUCAAACACACAGGAGGGACAGGGUUCUUCCCCCGCAACUUUACCACCACUUCUCAGCCAGCAAGACAGACCAGCUUCCAGAAGCAAGGACAGAGAAGAGGCACACAAAGAACACUGCUUUUAGAUAGUUUAGCCUGGGCUUUUUUUUUUUUUUAAAUCACAUUUUACCUAUUGUGGCACUUUCAUUCAUAUCAUGAAGUGAUGUUGCUUCUAUGCUUUUUUUAUUGAACACAACAUAUUGAAUAAGUUAGUCAGUACAAAACACUGAAGUUGAGCUCUAUCAGAAUAACUUCCUCCUGCUACUUUAUUUAUAAGUGCUGCUUUUCAGGCAAAUUUAAGCACUCCUCUGCACUCUCCUCUCACUAUUCAGACAGCUCUGCCAAGAGGAUUUAGAUAAGCCUGCUCUGGCUACACUUUCUCCAAGAAGGUCUGACCAACUAUUAAGACUGUUCUUAUCUCUUUCCCAUUAAUAUGGACUUGUGCGGUGGGAGGAAUUAACCCAUUUUCAAUUAAUUAUCCUGCUGUAAGUUUACAUGUGGCUCUUGUUCCAAGUUGAGAUAUUCAUCAUUUGAACAAAGUGAUGCUAGGUCAUGCUUGUUGACAUCAAAGUAAAAAAAAAAAACAAUUUGAACCAAGCUGUUAGAUGUGAUAGAUACCUUUGAAAUGCUGAGCAAUGGAUUUAAAGCAAAAUCUGAUCUAAAAGUGUAUAUAUAUAUAGUUUGCAUAGAUAUAUAAUAUUAUUGGCAGAUCAAAGCCUUUACAUGAACAUUAUAUUUAAAUGAAUUAAGAUUUAAAGCUUGUGAGGGAAGUAUAUUAUUAAGAUAUAGUUUAUGUCAUAAUGCUGGUUUAUUCUUAUCUUUUAGUGGAGUGCAUGCCGGAAUGCUUCUGCUUUGGCUCUUUUGAGGCUUAGUUAUGCUUGUGUCCACUAGUGUCAUAUUUCUUGAUGUUCAAAGGGAAUGUAUUUUUUUUGCUAAUAUCAUUGAGCUUUCUGUAGAGCCUUUGAGACCUUGCAGAUGCAGAGAUGUAUGGUGUUUUCUUUAAGAUGAAGACAAACACAGGAUUCCUAUUGUUUACCAUAAAUUAAAGCUCCUUUAAAUAUCAAUCACUGCAGAAUAGUGUUCCAGUAUAAUGAAGCCCAUUUCAAUUUUUCUAUUGCAUAUUUUCUUACUUGUUACAGGUGCACAGCGCAGAUUAUCUUGAACUGGGGGAUUUUUUUUGGCCAUAUUGGUUUUAGCAGUGAAAUAAUUACAUCCUUUUCAGUACAACAUGGUCCUCCCCUUUUAAGGUGCCAAAGACUGUGCUCAUUAAAUUGGUGAUUUUUUUUUGCAUGUGAGAAAAUUUGGGAGGUUAUUUGUCCAUCACCACCAAUGAGCAGCAUUAAAAUUCAUACUGUGAUAUUGAAUUAUUCCCAGGCUGUGUGCAUUUUAAUAUCUAAAAUGAUUCUGAUGUUGACUAUGAUAUGUCAGACUCCUAUUUGUACUCAAUUAGCCACCUGUUUACUCUGUAUUACCUCAUAGAGCACUGCCAAAAAUACACUUAAAUUAAAGCCAGUCUUCUCUUAUAAUUUAAUACCUUUAUGUAAUUGUUGCUGUCCAGACACAUGAAACUUGCUGGUUAUUUCUAUAUUUGGCCUUACAGAAUUAUAAUGAUAUACGUAGAUGAUUGUUACCUUAUGAAUUUUAAACUCUAUUUAAAUGACUUGUAGGUAGAUUUGAAUACAGAUGCAUAUACAGUUUAUGUGCUUGUGGAGUAUCUGCUCAUGUACAAAGAAAAGCUUCAAGUGUCUGGCUUGCUAUUUGCAUAUCUUCUCACAAGAGGCUAAUCUGCAUUUCAUGUCUUAUUUUCUCCAUUUUUUUUUCUUUGCUUCACACAUGAAUAUUAAUGUGGAGCACAGGAAACUUUGAUGUCAGUGAUUCUGAAUAGACUUGUUUAAGUUUCACUGCCUCUAAGUUGGAGCUGCUGGCACUACACAUAAUGUUUCAAAAGGUUGUACACUCCAUCAUAUCUUUUGGAAACGCUAUUUUCAUUAUUCAACAGAUCACCAUUUGUAAUAUGAGUGAUUUUGGAGUUUUUUAGUAAAUAAAUUCAGCUGUUUGUUUACAGAA